GCGUCCGUUUCCAUGGUUGCCACUCUUCAGAACUGGAUAAUAAAAUUGCAGUACAAAAUGGAAGGUAAGAAGGGACCUGAGCACGGAAAGACCUAUGUCAGGUUAAAGGAUGAACACAGGAAACCCUCUCCACUAAAGCCAGAGGUUGGUUUAAGCCUGUGGGACUCCGCUGAAUCGGACACAGAGAGCUUGGUCCAGGAGAGGGCCUACCAGCUUGAGCUUCAGAGGCGAAUUGGUGGCGAGUCUGGUGACAAAAACAUGACACAACCCCAAGAGGAAGACACUGAUGGCUCAUGUCUGAAAGAGGAGGAUGAGGGGGAACUUCAUGUCUAUGAUAGUCUCGAGGUAUCAGCACUCAGACAGGACAAAAAGAACGUCCAGCAGCAGAGCAGAGACAAAGAGGUGUCCAGACAGAUCCACUAUGAUGACACCUAUGCAGAAUUGCGCUACGAUCCCAACUGGAGGACUAAUCUUGAGGGAGCUCGACAGUUCGACGAGAUGACUCCACAACUUCCCCUCGAGGAAGAAUCCCACAACUUGGAUGAACAAUCUGAGGAGAGCCAUAGCGAGAGAGGACAGGAGAUUUCAGGAAGAGGAGGAUACAGAUACAUCUUUGCCCGCAGUCCAGCUCUUGCAGAGAGUAUGACUCCAGAAAUCACAAGUAACGAACUUCAAUCUAAACACCCCCUAACGUCUUACCACCUCCACCCACUGCAAAAUCAAGCUACCAGAGAGGUUUCACCUGCAUUUUCCUACCAUCACCACCUUCAUCAGAACCAGGUUAUAGGGGAUAGCUUGCCAGAGUCCACCCACCCAAGUCCUGGUGUGCCAUCUGAAAAAGCCAUGGAAAGAAACCCACACCAUAGAGUUAAGGCCAGCAGAGGUGUGAGGAACCCAACCAACGCCACUGGUGGUGAAAUCCAAGCUAGCUCUCCUGACCUGGAAGACCGUUACAGGGAGACACAUGACAGAUACGAUAGAGAGUUUCAGAUUUACUACAAUCAAGAGCAGUAUGGACAGGCUAGUGGGACAGCGGCCGAGAAACAGUUACAGAAUUCGACGCCCUCUAAAUCAAAGGGUUCGCGGCACUUGUCUAGCAGAAAGCCAGACAAGCCAAGGGAGGACAUCAUUGAACGCAACAGAGUGACACUGGGGAUCAACGCAGCCAAACAGGGCUCAUACCUGAGGGCACAUGCACAACAGAAGGAGGUGAAAUCAGACAGCCCAAAUCAGGUUUCCGAUACUACAGAGGAGAUUACCAUUGGUGGGAACCAGGAGGAGGAAAGCCAAGGGGACAUAUCAGACCCGGAGCUGAGGUGGCUCCAAAAAACCCAGCAACUCAAGGUAACUCAGAUCUCCAAAGAAAAGCAAGCUCAGCAGAGAGCGAACCCCAAACCCCCCAGUGAGAAGAGACUCCCGGCUCAGGGGGUCAAAGCCAGGCCAAGAGACUGCUACCUGAGCCCCCCCACCGACACCCCCAGAACUGCAGCCAUGACCCAGGCUCACUCCCACCCCCACCCCCACCACCACCACCAACCCCAGCACUCACCCCACCUCCAGGCACUCAGUGACACAGAUUCCCAGUCUAGCACACUGGAUACCUGGCCACACCAGCCCCAACGCAUCCCCUUAACACAGUCCCCCACCGUCCACCCCAACAUCAACCUCAACACCUCGUCCGAGCUCCUCCCUUUCAUGCACCGCAAUCACCAGGACGCCGUUCUCACCAUAACCUUGCCCUGUAGUGGCCCCAGCCCCCAAAGGAAGCCACAGUCUAUAGACGGGUAUAGGCCUAACGUCAACAUACCGCUUAGGAACGCCAUCCUCGUCAACCCUUACUCCCACCCAAGCCCUCACCCCUCUCCCCAAGACGGUUUAUUACAGCUGGCUUUGGUUCCACAGGCUGCUGUGUCUCCACCGAGCCCAGGUUGGGGCUCUCGCUGCAGGCAGGGCUUCCCAGGGAUGCCCCCUCUCUGCCAGGGCAGCAGAGAACCACUGCACCUCUGGCACCAGGAGAACGCCCCAUGGCAGCGUGAAAACCACAGUGUCCUGCAGUAUGAUGAUGAGGAUAGUCACAGGUCUACUUACACCGCCCAGACACAACACUCCUCCGGCUCCUACACAGUGCUGCCCCCUAUAGGUAAAACAACAAUGGGAGACCCUGAGCUAGGCCGUGACAGAGCUGCACAGAGAUUCACCUCCAUGCAGAGAAGCAGCUCUGAGGGCUACCUGGCACAGAUGAGGAGAGAGAAACAACUGAAGGAGAGGAUAACUUACAAGGCCUACACGCUGAAGGACUACAAGCAGCUGAAGCAGGAUGUGAAUCUUGGAGGCCUUGGGCCUGAUUACACCACCACAAAAAUUACAGCCGAGAAAAUGAGACGACAGAAGCUGUAUUCAAAUGUGAUCCGCGAGCAGAACAAGAAGAUAAGUAGGAUUCCCUUUCUGCCAGCCGCCAGGAACCCAGUGGGCAGCAACAACAAGGACAACAUGGUUCCCAGGAGGAAGGCCCUGGAGUACGCCAGGAGCAUCCUGAGGCCCAAGGUGGCGACCCAGGCCCAGCAGCCCAAGACCAGAGAGCCAGAGAUGGCCCAGGGGGCCCUUAGGGGCAACACUUGCCUCCUGGAGGGCCUCGACCUAUCCCAGCUGGCCACACUGGAGGCCCUGAGGAAACGGCACGAGCAGGAGAAACAGACUGUGGCCCGCUUCAAGGUGGUGCAUGCCAUCUGACACUGCACCGGCUCAGUCACUUUACAGCACACUGGAGUCACCCAACAAGAGGUUUCCCCUUACAGCUGAUAUGGCCGUUCGACUUUUGAAGAAACGCAGCAUAUGGACUAUAUAGACAAUAUGGAGGAAUAAGCAGGGAAUUAGUGCAGCAAUCGUUCAUUAAUGCUUGUGUCUAUAACUGCAGUUUGGCGUGUUACAGAGUAGCCUGUCUGUAUGUGGUUGAUGACAUAAGCAUUUACUGUAUGAACGUUUUUUUACGACUAAUGAUGCUGUUAAACAUAGCUUGCGUGUUUUUUCAUAUGAUUUGAUGCACUUAAACCAUAGGUAAACAUGGUACUUAUACAGUACCAUACCGUAACUUAUACUAUAGGAAAACAUGGUACUGUAAUGUAAUAUAUUGAUGUUUGAAUAAUAUGCAAAUGGUUUGUACACAUUUCAGAUAAAUCAUGCUCUGGCUAUUGAUAAUGAUUCCUCAAUUCCUUGAAUAUGUCUCUGGUAAAAUUAUUUGCCUUACAAUUGCUCAUGAGUCAUGACCUGAGUGCACAUGACCUGAAAAUGUCUAAUACAGUACAGCUGCUCAAGUCAAUUCAGGCAUAACACAUAUGGUUUGUUGUUGUAGUACAAUACCACACAUAAUAGUACAAUACUACAAUCUGAGAGAACAUGUACACCUUCUAAAGCUGUGUGUAGGUUGUUUGAUGACAAGGAGUAGGCAACUGAGUAAAAAUACUGUGGGUAGACCAUUGGUAGAGACCUAAUGGUCAAAUUGUUGUCCUAAUGACAAAUAACACUUUUUGGAAACACUACAGUGUACUAUGCCUGUUCUCUGUUGUUUUGAUAGCUCUUGACAUUGAAACAUCCUCUGUAAAUUCAACAAUACAUUAUUAAAUCAAAAAGCUUUCGGUA